AUGAUUCCCAUGAGAACCAGAUACAAACCUCUGAAUUCAAUUUUUCGUCUUUCGCAAUCCGACGAGAGUGAGGAGAGAGAGAAACAGGAAAAGAAUUGGAUCAAACUUUUUCUGCUUUCUUUCUCUUCCUUCGUCAACCAAGCUUCGUUGGAUUGGUUCUCCUUUUCUUCCAUCGUAAUCGGCUUCAAAUUUAUGAUUAUGGGAAAUUGGAUUGGGUGA